AUGGCUGUGGGUGCUGCAAAACUUGCUCUUCUUUUGAUUCAUAUCCUCAGUGUUGCCGGCAAGGAUACAGUUCUUUACAAGAGAAUGACUACGGGAAGGAAAGGGAAUGAGGUGAUGAUGAAGACACUACUGAUGACAUCUUUGAUGGAAAGGCAAGAGAAGAAGAGAAAAGAAGCCAACGUGCAGAAUUCGGAGUUGGAGAAGAAGGUUACAAGAACAAGUUUCGCGGCACUCAAUAUUGCCACUCGCAGUUUUGACCAAGACAAUGUCAUCGGAGUCGGAAAGAUGGGGACAAUGUACAGGGCAGCGCACCCUUAUGAUUGUUUCACUGCAGUUAAGAGAUUACAUGACUCUCAACCUUUAGGGAAACAGUUCAGGUCUGAGCUAACAAUUCUAGCCAAGUUCAUACACAUGAACAUAAUUCCACUACUGGGAUUCUGCAUAGAAUCCGGGGAAAGGCUUUUGGUGUCCAAAUAUAUGCCAAAUGGGAACCUUCAUGAUUGGUUACAUCCUGUGAAAUGCAAGGCUGAAAAACUGGAUUGGCAUGUCAGGGUUAAAAUCGCCAUCGGAGUAGCCCGAGGCUUGGCAUGGCUUCAUGAUUUUAACAACUUCCUAAUAGUUCAUCUUGACAUAUGCUCAAGGAGCAUCUUGCUGGAUAAAUAUUUUGAACCGAAGAUAUCAAAUUUUGGAGGGGCAAUGCACAGGAGCUCAAAUGACAAGGGCUUAAUUGCAAGUAGUAAGAUAGGUGAACUAGAAUUGAUCAAGCAGGAUGUCUAUCAAUUUGGUAUUCUUCUUCUUGAGCUAAUUGCAAUUCAUGAUCUUGACCAUAACAGUAAAUCAUCUCACACUCUAGAGGAGAAUUUGUUUGAACGAAUCGCUCAUCUAUCGAGCAGUUCUUCUGGCCUCUAUCAUGCUGUUGAUAAAUAUCUUCUUGGUCAAGGAUUUGAUGGUGAAAUACUUCAUUUUCUGAAUAUCGCAUCUAGCUGUAUUCAUCCCAUUCUAGAUCGAAGGCCAACGAUGCUUCAAGCAUUCCAAAUGUUAAUGGUUCUCAGGGAGGGAGGGAGAGAUUCAUCGAAAAUCCUAAGCUAUUGGCUCAACUGA